ACUUGCCUUUCUCUAAACUCGGCUGUUGCAUCUCAGAUCUCGCGGGCACCAACAAACCAGAGCUUUCCCACUCUCCUACUCGGACUCUCUGAAAUCUCCCAGGAAAAAGAGCUUGGAAGGAGCUGGGGAGGUGGAGAGGAGGCCAUGGGGGAAUUCUCCAAGGCGUCUUGCCCUUCUGUGAAGAACAUUUUGCUACUUGACUCAGAGGGGAAGCGUGUUGCCGUGAAGUACUUCUCAGAUGAUUGGCCAAGUAAUGCAUCAAGGUUGACCUUUGAAAAGUCUGUUUUCACUAAAACUUUGAAGACAAAUGCACGCUCUGAAGCUGAGAUAACAUUACUUGAUGGCUAUAUUAUCGUCUACAAGUUUGUGCACGACCUUCACUUUUUCGUCACUGCCGGAGAUGACGAGAAUGAGCUCAUCAUAUCAAAUGUACUACAGGGUUUUGCUGAUUCUGUUGGUCUUCUACUUAGGGGUGAUGUUGAGAAGAGGACUGCACUUGAGAACUUGGACUUGAUACUUCUCUGCAUUGAUGAGAUUAUUGAUGGCGGCAUAAUUCUUGAGACAGAUGCAAACACCAUCGCUGGUAAGGUUGCGACCAAUGCUGCCGACGGUUCAGUCCCUUUCUCUGAGCAGACGAUAUCUCAAGCUCUGGCCACAGCUAGGGAACACUUUGCAAGAUCUCUUCUCAAAUGAACGACCAGCACUUUUUUUUUCACUUGUUAUUACAACUUGUGUGAGCUCAGGUUGGGCUACUGUAUGUUAUGUUGGGCCUGGUAGUUGUUACUCACCCUGAGCUGCAGUGCAAUUGUGGCAGACAGAAGUAAUUAAAUGUGACUGGAUACUCCUCAGAUGCUAUGUAAUUCUUUCUCAUUCGUCAAGUGUCAUGUAUCUUACAUUUUCCGGAAGUAUAGAGGAAAAUAAAGGCUGUCUUUAUCCGCUCUCCAA